AUGAAAUUUAGUUAGGAAAAAUAGGAAAGUCAAUAUGAUAAUUUCGGCAAAGCUAUUUACUGCUCAGUUGGAUUUUUGAUUCUUUACACAGCAUUGAAUCCUAUACAAAAUCUGUAUACAUAGAUUAUGUUUAGAUACAACAAUGGUUCAUUUGGUUUUUAUUAUAGAAUUAAAUGGGUCGCUGGAUAUAAAUACAUUUCAGAAUGCGCUUCUGAGGAAACUAAAGGACUUUACUUCAGUUUUUUCUGGGGAAUAUAUAUAAUAUCAUAGAUUUUAGGCAGUUUAUUAGCAGCAUUCGUUUCUGAAAAUUUCAAACAAACUACAUUACUAAUUAUAAUGGCUGCCUUAACUUCCUUAUCAUUAGUAAUAUUCUCCACUCUAGCUGAUCCCAUUCCUUAAGUGAGAUACUUACCAAUUGAUGAUAAUGAUCAGAGCUAGGAAGACCCUCAAAACAGAGAAAGUUCUAAAAUUCAUAAAAAAUACAAAAAUUACUCGGCAAUACCUGAUAAUCCUGUUUUAUAAAAUGACAAUAAUCACAACAGUAAUUUAGUAUUUGCUAAAUUUUAAAACAGAAGAAAUACUACAAUUUCGCUUAAUCAAGAGGUAAAGGAGACUCUACUACUUAUCAAAUCUAGAAAGUUGCUUCCAUUGCUACCAUAACUUUUAUGGUUAGGGAUAAGUGAAGCUAUUUAUGUUGGGAUAUUAGUAAAUAUCAUCAUAGAUACAUAAUCUACUGGAAAUGACAAUCAUAAAAUUUACAUUUCAAUGCUUUCAAUGGUAUUCUUUGGUAUUGGAAAUAUAGUGGGAAGUCUCUUUAUAGGCUGGACGAUAGAUAAAUAUGGGAAUAAAAAGAGUGCCUGGUGUAUUAUAUUGUUCUUGUCAAUUUAAACUAUAGUAAUGCUAGGUUAUCUAAUAGACUAUGAAUAUUCAUGGUUGACUUAUGCCUUGACUUUCGUCUGGGGCUUAUAGGAUGGUUCAAAUAAUACUUUAUCAAAUGAAAUUCUUGGCUUUGAAUUCAAAAAUAAUUCCUAAUGUUUUGCUAUAUCUAAUCUAUGUGUGGCGAUUAGUGCUUCCUUGUUUAAUUGUAUCUAGGGAUUUGUAGAUGGAUAAGAAUAGUACAUCAUUUAUACAUCGGCUAUUGGAUUUAUAGGAAUAUUGUCAAAUAUUUCUACAUUAUAUUUCAAAUUCAAACCCUUGCCCUAAUAACUAAGAUAAUCUAUGAAAUAAGAGGAUUUUUAAUGA